AUGACUUGCAGUUUACAAUACACUUUUGGACCAACCAAAGUCCAACCAGUGACAGAGACAACGAAAUCACAAAGCUUGUCCACUACUUGCAAGCGUUACACCUCUGAUAAACUCAAUAAAGUUCGUUACGGUUUCGGCAGAAAGAAACACUUCACAUUACCCAGCACAGCCACCGUUAUCUCUGCUCCAUUAGAACUGAUGAGCUGCAGAAACAAUGAAAAGUACGCUGCCAUUGAAGAUUGCUUUAGCGCACACGAUAUGAAUGAUAAUACUCAACGUCAGCCUUCAUUGACAAGCUUAUCCACUGCAACUACGACUGAUACUCUAUUCUCACCUGGUACAGCUCUAGUGAGCUUUAUCUAUCCUGAAGACCCUUCGUUUACAGACUUGGAGAACAUACAGCACUGUGUUAACUAUGAUAAUGACAAAGUUGAUGAUCACAUUAAUGAAAAUGACAUCGUUACUACGCCUCCAACCGAUCAUCUAAUCAGCAGAUACACACCUGAAUAUUACACAACGUUACAAAAGUUAUUGGGAAUCCCCGCUGCCGAGGAUAAUAGUACAACAAAAUCUUACACUAAUACUGCAGUCCUCAUUAGCCUUUCAACAUGUGCCCUCGCUGCGGGUAACUAUGCUAGACAUAGGCGGCAAAAAGCACGAAAAGCAACAGCUUAUCCAUAG